CAGUGCAGGAAAACGUGCCACACAGUGACACACACACAUACACGCACACACAAACACGCACACACACACACACACACACGAACCAGGCAGGCAGCUCAACGCGGACCAGCAGCAGCAUCAUCAGAAAUGUAAAAGGUGGAUUAGAAAAUAAUGUGCCUCGGCUCAUCGUCAACAUGUUCCCGGGAGUUUUCUAUGCACUGCUGGCGGGUUUCCUCGGGGCCGUGGCGUCGUCGUCGGCCAAACUGUCCCUCGGAGCCGACUACCUGAAGGGAGUCUGCGAAACCGGACUCCGGACGUGGGGAGAGCAGCGGAAAUUUAGACAAGCGGACGAAACUACCGCCUGCGACCGGCUUCAUAUCCCUCUGAGGCUGAUGUGUGGCGGGCUGCUUUUCACCUGCAAUGCUGUGAUGUGGACCUUCCUCGCCAAAGCACUCAGGUACUCCUCUUCCUCCACCCAAACCACUGUGACCACCACCGCCUCCAACUUCAUAUCUUCCGCUCUUCUGGGCCAGCUGAUCUUUGGUGAAGCCCAGAUAACGUUGUGGUGGGUCGGGAUCUCCCUGACCUUCUCCGGUCUGUUGGUACUGCAGAGGGUUUCACCGCAGGAUGGGCAACACGACGCAGGCGCCAAGGACGAAUAAUAUGUCUUGUCUCCACUAGAGUUCAGCCUGGCUCCGGCUGGCUGUGGAAUGAGGUGUGUUUUAGGUCAGCAUGUCCUCUGAUUUCAACAUCUAGCCAAAGAAAAGUGAGAUCUUAUGAGAAGAAUUUCCAGUUUUGUAGUUAAUCCUCCCCCAAUUACCAGUUUUAUUGACUGACUUGUUUCCUGAUUAACCAAAUGCCACUUAAAUUGCAUCCUUCCUGAUGAAGAAAAAAUGCUUUAUUUGUAAUGUUACUAUUUAUCUGUCAGUUUUCUUUGCAUGUAGGCAGAGAAACACUGUUCUAAAAUUAGAGGAGAUGUUGGCCUUUAGCCAGUAUGGCCAUGACACAGCUACAGUCUGGCUAGUGGAGACAAGCUAAUGGAUGCCUGCGUCAAGCAGACGCUCUAAAAUCAUCUUUGACCACUCCAAUGAAGCAAAAAUUAUACUAGCUUUACGUUUUGUUUGGGGAGUUUUUCAGUCAGUGGCAGCACAACAACUCACGGGCUAACAGAACAGAUGCGAAGGAAGGGAAAAGAGUAGACUAAAGGGAAUAAUUAUACAUUUUGGGAAAUGCACUUAUUUGCGUUCCUACUGAGAGUUAGACAAGAAGAUUGAUACCACUCUUUUGUUUGUACGGUAUAUAUGAAGCUGGUGCCAGCGUCUGGUUAGCCUAGCUUAGCAUAACAAGUGGAAGAGGGAAACGGCUAGCCUGGCUCCGUCUGAAGCUAACAAACUCUGCCUACCAGCACGUUUAAAGCUCACAAUUAACAUGUUUGAUCUUGUUUGUUUAAUUCCAACAUCCAUUUUUUACAAUUCGGAUUUCAUAUGGAUUAAACAAAUGUUAUUAGUUUACGGCAGAGACAGGCUAGCUAAUCCAGUCUUUGUGCUAAGCUAAACUGACCAAUCCCUUGGCUGUUGCUUCAUAUUUAAAGGACAGACAGGAGAGUGGUAUUAAACUCUCGGUAAGAAAGUGGAUAUGUGCAUUUCUCAAAAGCUAUACCUUUAAAGGAGGAGACAGAUAAUACUAUAUAUUUCUUCAUGGGCAAAUGGCAUCAUGUACUUUGAUGUCACCAUCACUCAGAUCACCAAAGCUUUCUUAAUUCUCACAUUUCCUUAAGUUACUCUGACACUCACUGUAAACAUCCUACACUGACGUUGCAUCUUAUGCAUGCUCAAGGUGAAUAAUAAUGAAUGAAGCACUUAGCUGACAAGUAAUAAUACUAAUGUAGCGCUGAAAGGCUCGUGCCAGGCUCUUUUUUCUCUUAUUUGUCUUUCUUGACAGCUUGAACCUCAAGAUAUGAGCAGGACACGUGUUUUGAGGGAGCUGCUCCUCCACUUUACGAUAGACGUGUGCACGUUCCUACUGAGGCCUGAACUCAAAAUAUCUCACACCAAAGCAACCUGGUCCAUAUCAGAGCGACGUCCCUAUGAGCUGCUUCUUGUUAUUAAACACACAAUCUUGUGAUAAAAUGUCCAAACUGUGUCUACAGCGUUAAGACACAUCACAUGGCCUCUUCAUUGCCUGUUGAGCUUUAAUGCGCCCUGCGUUUCUGAUUAUCCAUUAUCCUGUCCAUCGCCCAUCGUUUGCAAUACCAUUAGACUUCCUUUAUAUCUCAUAACACUGUGAUGUGUGUAACAGCGAGGGAGCUUUGAGCGUGGAUAAUUGAACAUAGGCAAUGGCAAUAAAUGCUGCUAGAGGGACGUUUCUGUAAGCAUGAAUCAAGCUAAGUAAGUAUACUGUAGUAUACAGUGGUUUGUCUAAUGCUUUAUUGAACAAUAUUGUGUGAUCACACUUUGCAGUUGUUUGGAUACAUAUCAUAAUAUGAAUGCGUAACGGUAGCUAUUAUGCCUGUGUGUAAUAUUCCACAGCAGCAACGCACAAAUAUAUCAGAUGUCCUUCCAGCUGCUGCUGUGCAGGUUUUGUACCAUGUGAUUUCACAUGCAUCCCUAUCAAUGUGACUGCAGUGAGAAUGUGAUUAUACAGCGCUCAAGCUAAAGGCCGGCUUCAGCAGUGGAUAUCACUCCCAGCCACGCUGAAGUGAAUUCAGCUGUUUGUGCCUACCAGUCACAUCCUGGGUGUGUUGCAUUACCUUUUGGGGGGGAAAUUACGCUUAUUCGCUUUCUUGUCGAGAGCUUGAUAAGAAGAUUGAUACCACUCUCGUGUCUGUCCGAUUAUUAUAUAAGUGGAGCUAGCUGUCACUUAGCUUAGCUUAACUUACUCAAGACUGAAAAAACGGCUAGCCUGGUUUUGUCCAAAUGUAAUAAAAUAUACCAGCACCUCGAAUGAACAUGUUGUAUAUCAAGUUUGUUAAAUAAAGUGUAAAAGCACUGUGAGGUUCGCCAGGCAACCAGCUGAUUAGCAAACAUGUUGUAUAGUGAGCUUUAGAGGUGCUGGUAGGUGAAUCUUGGUAGCUGUUCUUUUCCUGUUUACCGUCUAUAUGCUAAGCUAAGUCAACCAGUAUAGCUUUGUUCAUACAAAUAACAAGUUGUGGUUUCAUGGGAGGUUUUAAGCCAUACUAUUUCUUGGCUGGGAGCAGUUUCCAAGUAACCCGCAGAGACUGGUGAAGAAAUAGUUCGGGACAUAAACCACAAUUUUACAUUUUUACGUAGAAUUUCUGGUGCAGAUAACACGUGUAAUGUGAUAAGGACAUAUAAUGUGUUGAUUUGUGAGCUUUCGGGAUGCUGGUAGGCGGUAGUCAGUUAGCUGACAGGUAGCCGUGCCCCCCUUUAACCUUUCGUCUUUAUGCUAAGCUAACUGGCGGCUGGCUGUAGCUUCAUAUUAACAUACAGACAUGAGUGGUAUCAAUCUUCUCAUCUAACUCUCAGCAAAUAAGUGAAUGUGAAGUGUAUGUUCCAAAAUGUCAAACUAUGUUUAACAUUAAUCUGUGCUUUUGACUCCGAAGGCUUUUUUGGUGCCUGGCUUCUCCCCCAGUUAACGGCAUGAUACGAGGGUAAACCAUCUACCUGUGAACCCAAUCUCACUGUAAUAUAACCAGUCGGAGCUUUGCAGUAGCCACAUUUAUAGCUCUGUGACAGCCGCAUGGCCCUAAGGUGUGAUGUACUUGUAUAUCCGUGUGCACAUAAACUGAAGAUGUGGUCGUACAGAGAGAUUAGAAAACCACUCAAAUACGCGCGUGUCACGUUGGCGACUUCAUGUGCUGCGCUGCAAGAAAACUACAGUAAAUAUUUCAGCACUUUUAAAUCAGUAAAGUUUUGACCUAAUGUCUUGGUAGUAUAAUGGAAAAGAGACAGAUUUUGCAGUAGUUUGUUGGUACUCUUUAACCUAAAACAUGUGCAGAUCAGUCAUCGCUUCAAUCUGAAGGCUGCUGCAAUGACAAAUUUAACAUUAAGUUAGACUUCUUAACACAAAUCGAGACGGUUUGAUUAGAGGGAGUGACUGUUUUUUUUCUCCGAUAUAAACUGUUCAUAAUGUGUCUUACAUAUUAUGUGAAAAACAUUUGUAAAAGUGUAAAUAUAUUCUGUUAAUAGGAAACACUUAAACAGAUGUGUAAAUUGACCAUCCUCGCUGAGAGAAGAGACAUUACAGAAUUAUUAAAUAAACAUCUCAUCUGACAAACAAGA